GCCAUGCGUUGAAACGCUGCCCAUUCUUAACCAAACGCGUCGCUGUUGCCAUCCGCCAGCUGAAAGUAGCAGAUAGGCUCCAAGGGAUGAGGUGUGGAUGAAAUGAAUGAACCCUUCUGUCGUCUUCCUUCCUUUAAUUAAAAAGCUUAGCUCAGUGCUUUCUAAUGGCGGAUAUCACGAGAGCCCACCAAUUUCUACUUGCAUUUCCAAAUGGGUCUCUGUUCCUAGCUCCCACAAUCCCCAUUUUUGGUAACUCUUGAUAACAUCCUUCAUCGAGUUUUCUUCAAUUCAUCUGUUUGCUCUGCGGAGGGUAGCUUAUUUAGCUGUAGUAUCAGAAUGGCUGCCAUGGGGGUGGGUUCUGCGAGCUUCGGAGGACUCUGCUAUUCAAGCACUACGAGGCUCCAACCACUUGAAGGAGGUUUCUUCAGGGGCUCGUUCGUUUCGGAUUUUCGCCGAUUCUGUGUAUUUCCUGAAAGAAUUAGAUUUUCAUCUUAUGUGACUACCAUCAUUCCACAAGCAUCAUCAACCACCACUAUGGAGGAUGAAAGAUAUCGUGAGACUGAUACAGAUCCCACUCCCAUAGUGAUAAUAGAUCAGGACUCAGAUCCAGAUGCGACUGUGGUGGAGAUAACUUUUGGUGAUCGCCUUGGAGCUUUGCUCGAUACUAUGAAUGCACUUAAAAACCUUGGGCUGAAUGUUGUCAAGGCGAAUGUCUUUCUGGAUUCUUCAGGAAAGCACAACAAGUUUUCCAUCACUAGAGUUGCUACUGGAAGAAAAGUUGAGGAUCCAGAGUUGCUCGAGGCAAUUCGUUUGACAAUUAUAAACAACCUGCUUCAGUAUCACCCGGAAUCAAGCUCCCAGCUAGCCAUGGGAGUUGCCUUUGGAGUCAUGCCACCCAAACAGCAGGUUGAUGUGGACAUAGCAACUCGCGUAAGUGUCUAUGAUGAAGGACCCAACAGAAGCUUGCUUUAUCUGGAGACAGUCGACCGACCUGGAUUACUGGUGGAUAUUGUAAAGGUUGUCACUGAAAUUAACGUUGCUGUUGAAUCGGGAGAGUUUGACACUGAGGGUUUAUUGGCCAAGGCAAAAUUUCAUGUCAGCUACCAGGGCAAAGCAAUCAGCAAGCCUCUCCAACAGGUUCUCGCUAAUAGUUUGCGAUAUUUCUUGAGGCGACCAACAACUGAGGAGUCGAGUUUUUGAGCCACUGUAAAGUGGGACAAUCUCAGAGGAGUAUAUGCUAAAUUGCAUUUUACCACUGUACUACUUACAUCAUGUGGAAUGUUACUGCAAUAAUCUCCUCAAUAGUAGGAUAUAUCCUCUCUCUCUCUCUCUGCAACACCUAAUAUAAAAAAAAAAAGCCCAAAAAAAAGAAAAGAUGCAAAACUAUCCAAGAAAAUUGUUAAUUUAUGAAUGUGGCAGUAUCCUAGAACUGUUAUAAUUGUGGCUGUUCCGCCUGGCAGCAUGAAGUUGGUCCUGCAAUAAAGGCUACAUUGGGGCUCA